GAGAGCCGAGAGAGCUAUCAAAUGUCAAGAUGUCUGCUAGCAGUAAAGUGUUAGGAGUCUGGGAUGAAAAAGUGAUUUUCUGGAAGAAUAUGUAGAAUUUUUCAUCUCCUUACCAGUCAGAGCAAAUUCGCAACUAUGAACAUAAUGCGCAAGUUGCGAGGGAGCAACAGUGUUGCUGGUGUCGGAUCUGGAAGUGGGGGUAGCAUCGAUGACGGAGCUAGUGGAGCCAACCCACAGCAUACAGCUUUGGGCCUCAUGCAUCUCAAGAAGCUUUUUUCAGAAUACACACAUCCACCACACCCUCUUAGUGAGGCAGAACGUGAUGACAAACUUUAUAACAUGCUACCCUUGUUCUGCAAGGUAAAAUUAGUCUUUGGUUCUAGUCCUUCUGGAGAUAUGAACGAAAAAUUCUGGGACAUACUAGCAUUUACUCAACAAGUGUCCAAGUUAAUGGUCUCCGAAAUACGACGACGAGCUAGUAACCAAAGUACUGAAACAGCCAGCUGUGCUAUUGUUAAAUUUCUUGAGAUCGAAAAUAGCGAAGAAUCUAGUAAUGGAUGGAUGUUACUAUCGGCGCUAAAUCUGUUAGCUGCUGGUGAUACCUCUCUAAUACAGGUUAUGACAACAGCCUCAGUACCAUCAACAUUAGUUAAAUGUCUUUAUUUAUUUUUUGACUUGCCUCAAAUGAGUGAAGUCGAAGCUGAUGUAGCUGAUACUAAUAGCGAAUUUACUCCAAGAGAACGCAGGAUCUUGCUACAGAAAAUAUUUGUACAGGUAUUGGUGAGAUUGUGCAGCCACCCAUACCCAGCAGAAGAGCUUGCAAGAAAAGAUGAUCUCACUUUAUUAUUUUCUGCGAUAACAAGCUGGUGUCCACAGUAUAAUGUAAUGUGGCGUAAAAGUGCUGCGGAAGUCUUAAUGACAUUAUCACGGCAUGGCCUGACGCAGAAUGUUGUUGCUUAUAUUCACAACAAGGGAUGUAUAGCACUCUGUAUAGAUAAUAUGCAAAGAGUUCCCGAACUCGCACCCUUGGAAGUGGUAGAGAUGUUUGUGACUGUAUUUUGCUUCCUAAAAGACUCAAGUGAAGUAUCGCAAACACUUCUGGAUGAUUUCCGAGCUUGCCAAGGAUAUAUUUUCUUGUCGGAAUUUUUGCUGAAGCAUGCUCCGUCAAGACUAGAGCAAGAUGGUAGAGCAGAGGCUCAAGAUGCGAUCAGAAAUUUAGUAUUGAUGCUAGCUUCGUUAACAAUGUGUGGUCAUACGGAAUUGAAACCAAGUCAAGCCAGUAUGGGUUCGUUAUUUCAAAUGCUCGGCUUCACUCUCCCUCAACCGAGUAACAGAGGUGGAAGUGUUCGCAAUAUACAAGCAUUCCAAGUCUUACAAUCAGUAUUUGUGAAAUCGAAUUCUCCACUGUUAUGCUGCACAAUACUGGAUGCUAUAUCAAGCGUUUAUCACAGCGACAAUGCUAACUACUUCAUACUUGAAGGACAAAACACACUUUCUCAAUUUGCAGAGAAAAUUCACUUGAAGAAUCCGGAAAUACAGGAAAAAUUUUUCCAGUUACUUGAGUUCAUAGUGUUUCAGUUGAAUUUUGUGCCUUGCAAAGAACUCAUAUCACUUUCGAUAUUACUUAAAUCCAACAAUUCUGUCAGCUGCAGUAUCAUGUGUAUGGAAACACUCCUGAAUAUACUGAGGCACAACACAAUAUUUAAAGAAGUAUACAGAGAAGUUGGAAUGUUAGAAGUCUUUGUGACUUGUCUUCAUCGAUAUGCAACAUUACUUAAGGAUAAACAAGUUGCUCAAGAUCAAGGAUUGGAGUACAUAAUGUGUCCAGAUCAAGAGCGUCUGGGUGCUUUGAUCAUGGAAGCAUUGACUACACUGUUAGCAGGCAAUGUUCAAAAUGCUAACGUAUUUAGAGAAUGUGGAGGAGCUCGUUGUUCUCAUAAUCUUGUACCAUACACCGAUUGUAGGCAUCAAGCACUUGGAAUUGUUAGGGAAUUAGUGAUAAGUACUGGCGGAGACGAUGACAUGGCUACAUUACUUGGAGUAAUGCAUUCCGCACCGCCAACUGCGUUGGUUCUGAAAACUCAUAUUUUGAAGUCCUUGCUCGCUUGCCUGAGAGAGUCUCAUCGGACAAGAACAGUAUUUCGUAAAGUGGGAGGGUUUGUUUAUGUGAUGUCAGUUUUGGUAUCUUUGGAAAGUAGACUGGGCAACAAAUUUGUGGAAAAUAAUGAGCCAUGUAACAAUAUAUCUCAAAACAUGUGUCGGAAUGAAUCUCCAUUACUGAUGUUGUUACAUGUUGUGUUUCACACAAUCAGCACUGCCAUGCGAUUUGAACCAGCGAAUGCUAAAUUUUUCCAUCAUGAGAUAUGUCAAUCAAGCUUAUGUGACACUCUGCGACUCCUUGGUUGUUUCUCCUCGCAAACAAAGUUGACUAAUUCUGACGUUGUUUUGACAUCGAAUCACCACAAUGUGUUGCAUUCGUUAUUUACUAGCAAUGUUUUGGAUCCUACAUUUCCAAGCGAAAUGCCAAACGCCCUUGGCUACGCAUGCUUGUUAUUGAGGCUUCUUUACGACGUUGCCUUAGAUGCGUUCGACAAACCAAAUUUGACUGGAGUAGGAGUUCGAUCUCCAAGUCACAGACAUGUAAACAUUGAGCACCAAAAGUCUCUCGAUUCCCCGGGUAGUGGAAAACGUUCGACUGUAAAUUCGUUGAACUUGAAUCCUCCAACUCCGGAACCAAUUGUCAUACACCCUGGGAUUGUCGUUGGAAUGCUUCAUCUUCUUCCGUCGAUAACAGACGAUACAGAAAAACAAAUAGCUUUAGCCUUGCAGUUAUAUAUAGCUGAAAUAAUCAAGAGCUUAGUACGUUCGGAAAGGAACCAGCAAGUAAUGUGUGAAGCGGGAAUGGCAGGUGAACUUCUGAUCAUGGGAAAAGUUGCGCUCCAGGAUGAAACACAUCCACUACAUCAACCUUUGCAAUAUAUAAUUGAACGACUUGCUGCCCAGUCUUUAGAACCAACAGACUUGAGGGAGUUCUUGCGGCUUGGAGAUCCAUUAUGCUGCAUCUCAUUAGAUGAUAUUGAGCCCAAUAAGCCCAAACCCGGGGGACCGGUUCCCCUAACACGCAUAAAAACACUAGUAUCCAUGACAACGCCGAAAGACUUUAGAGCUCAUGGAUCUUGCACACUACCACCGUUUGUUGAGUUGGACAUGAGUGCAGAAGGCUUUGCCUGUCUAUACCUACCUAGCAUUGCACCUCAGAGUACCACACCACCUACAGUCGUUACUGCUGAUAACAGUGUUCUCGGUGGCAUUGGUUCUGGUGAUCGAUUAUUUCCGCCACAAACUGGACUGACAUUCAGUACUUGGAUAUGUGUAGACAAGUUUAGUGAUCCACGAACUGAUCCACAUUGUGUGAGAUUAUUAACUCUAGUGCGCAGCCCACAAGCAUCAAGAGAUUUAAUUUGUCUCACAGCAGUUCUUAGUGCAAGAGAUAAAGCCAUUAUUGUAUCAACACAUGAAACUCCAUUACCACAAAAUGUAGGUGAAUGGGAACCAGAAGUCACGGGUGAAUACGGAGCACGGGUGUGGUGUCCAGAUUUACUUCACGAAGGACAAUGGCAUCACAUAGCCAUUGUACUAAAUCGAGCAGUUUUAAAGAAUUCUAGUUUCUCUCUCUACCUCGAUGGCCAGCACAUUUUUAGCCAAAAGCUGCACUAUAUAUCUCAAACUCCUGGGUGUGGCGCAGCAAAUUUGACUGUCGCAUCCCCGGUAUAUGGGUACAUUGGUACACCACCAUGUUGGCGGAGGUAUUCUAGACUGACUUGGAAGCAGGGACCGUGUCACCUGGUGGAAGAAGUGUUCAAUGCUCAAAAUAUAGCCACACUAUUCAAAUUGGGACCGCACUAUAUGGGCAGUCUACAAGCGCCACAGUUGGGUCCUGAGCCGUUGCCAGCACUUGUAGUCGAAGAAAAAGUUGUAUUUGGAUUAAAUGCAAAAGCUAUGUCACAACUGACGCUUGCUAAAAUUCGAAAAGUCUAUAGUCGAGCUGAUAACAAAUCCAUAGCUAAACAGUUGGGCAUGUCAUCCCAUGAGAAUGCCACACCUAUCAGAGUGCUUCACAACUCAGCAGGACACCUCAGUGGUCCAGCAAGGGCUCUUGGCGGUGUCGUCGUAGGGUAUCUUGGAGUAAGAGUCUUCAGUCCUCGACCUGUUGCCACAAUGAUUGAUAAUGUGGGCGGCUGCUCUGUUUUGCUUGGUCUUAUCGCAAUGGCGCAAGAUGUAGAAUCUCUUUAUGCUGCUGUUAAGGCCUUAGUUUGCGUUGUCCGAUCGAAUCAAGCUGCUCAGCAAGAAAUGGACCGCAGAAGAGGAUACCAAACCUUAGCUAUGCUCUUGAGAAGGAAGUGCCCAUUACUAAACAGCCAUAUUUUACAUCUUACGUUCAGUUUAGUAGGUACAGUUGAUAGCGGUAGAGAAACCAGUGCCAUUCCCAAUUUGACGGCAUUCCAAGAUCUUCUGUGUGACUUGGAGGUAUGGCAUGAAGCACCUGGAGAACUUCUACGCUCCCUUCUUGAACACCUGUACGAAUUAAUUGCUGAAUCAAGCGAAAAGAGAACCAACCUCCGAAUAAUGAGAGAUCUACAAUUAGUUCAUAAAUUACUACAUAUUCUCAGUGAUGUCAAACAAAAUACUACUAGACAGGUCCUUUUAGCGCUGUUGAGUAUCUUGCUGGGCCAACCAAGACAGGCUGAUCUCCUGUGGUUCGGCCAAUUUAUCGUUGCUACUUUGCCAGUUGGAUCGGAAAAACAUCUAGUUUUGCGAGAAGGUGAAAACGGCAAGGAGGGUGAAGGGGAGAAUAUUUUGUUGAGGAAUCGAUGCCUCCAGCUACUACACUCGUUAUUAUUCUCUGGAAUGAAAGUGACCAAUAACAUGUGCGAAGAUGUUGUAAGAGUGUUAGGAUUAGAUUGGAUACUGUUGUUUCUCCAACCUGGACUUCACAGCACUACAGUUGUAUGGGGACUACGGAUCCUUGUAGCUGUGACCUCUGUACAGUCGAUAUUACAAAAGUUUAAAGAGGGAACAACCAAUGGUGGUUGGUUAAGGCACACUGACCCCAACAGAAUGGCCUUAGCGCUUGGGUGUCAUCAACAGAUGACUAGUGGUGAAAUAAAAUCCGUAGGUCUUCAUGUGCCAGGAUUUCAGCAUCUUGGCUGGCUACUUCCCCAACAUGUGGAUCUUGUUCCUGAGCUGUAUUUUUUGUUUAUUGCUCUGAUGUUGGGACAGCCAGUGAAACUUUUACCUGCCGAUUCGAAGUUGGAUCUCGACAAUGUCUGGAAUUUUAUGUUCGGUGUACCAGCUAAUCAAUCCCUUUCCUCAUUAUCUGGAAAAAUCAAUUUAUGUCCUGAAGCUGUUGUCACAUUAUUGGCUAUGGUUCGCACUAUGCUCAAUAGUCAUAUCAAUGGGUCAGAAACGUUACCAGAGUGGCUCAACGACUAUCCAGUGACAAUCAUACAAUUUCUGUUUUUUCUCUAUCACAACUUUAACGAUUUUAUGCAAGUUUAUAUGACUGCUGAAGUCCUGGGUGCGCUAGCAGGGACAUUAUUUCCAAAACCGCCCAGCUGCAGUCAAGACAGUAGUGGAGCCAGCACACCUGCUGAUGAGGAACCGGUUUUAGUAAGAUCUCCAUCAAAAGAUAUUGGUCUGACGAACCAUAUAGCCAAGAAAUUCGUCAUGGACUUUCUUCGUGUCAUAAUUGUUGACUCUUUAUCACUGCCGGUAACUGCAAAGGCUCCGCCCUCAAUCGAUCUCGUAUUGGAAGCAUGGCCUGAGCAUGCUUCAACCAGUCAACAAACUCGCUAUCAAACUGAAGUGUUGUCGAUUUUAAUGGAGCAUUUAUUGGCAGCAGAUGUUUUGAUCGGUGAACAGGCUGCAUUGCCUGUAGUACCUGGUGGAUCAGCUAAUAACAUAACUAGUAACGUUUGCUAUGUUGCUGCCAGAAUAGUGGAUAAAUUGUGGCAAGGAGCAUUGACUAAAGACCCUCACGAAGUAUUCGAUUUCAUUGUAAAAUUAAUUGGACAAGCAAAGCGUAGACCAGGUGUGGUCAGUAUGGAGGGACUUCACCACUGUCUCAAUAGAACCAUCCUAUUCCUUCUGUCUCGAGCUACUGAUUCUAUAGCUGAUCAAAUGGCUGUGCUCGAAGCAUUGCAUAAACUGACUAACAACAGAUUAUUAGUGUUUGGCGCAGGCAAUCAUGAGCUCGAAUUCAUUGGCUGUUUGACUUAUUGCCUUCUUCAGCUGACAGCAGACAUGAAAAUUAUGUUGGAUACGAAUAUGAAAACUACAUGGCAUGUUAAUCCCCAAGUUGAGGCUAGCGAUGACAGAUUAACAUCUCAUCAAGGACAUAACUUGAUGGCUGUAGCUGCGUUGAGAGUAUGGGAGGAAUUAUAUGUAUGUAAAAAACCAGCUAUUGAGGAAGUAUUCAAAGUGACUCUAAUUCCACCAACUGGUAAUGAACGAGCUCCUGAUCUAGCCAUAGUAAGAGAUCAAGUAUCCGAAGCUGCCACUAAGUUAUGGCUCAAUUAUGUUGAUUUAGAACGUAAAGCAUCUUACCGAGUGCCUUGGGAAUUGCAUAAUCAAAUACAAUCUAAAAUACAGAAGGUUACCGGUGGUUUAACAAGAUUAGCCAGUCGAACUAAAGUUAGAAAAGAAGAAUCCGUUCAUGUUCGAGUUAGACUCCAUCAAAACAAAGUCGCUCAAUGGACUGAACAGCAUGUCGCCUUGGUCAGAGAAUUAGCUGCUUCCAGACGUCUUCAGCAUCAGCAUACCAAUCAACAUACACAGCGAUAUGUUUACCAGGAAUGGCUACAGACAGAAACAGAACUUACUAGAGAACGCGGCCUUUGGGGACCGCCGACUCCCACACAACUUGACAAGUGGAUGCUUGAUAUGACUGAGGGACCGUGUAGAAUGCGUAAAAAGAUGAUGAAAAAUGAUCUCUUCUACAUUCACUACCCUUACAGGCCCGAAUUGGAACAUCCAGAUAAUAAACAACUUAAAUACAAAGUUGCAACUAGUACAGACAGUAAAGAGUAUUAUUUGAAACAAUUGGGAAAUUCUGCUGGAAUGUUUGAACGAGAACGUGAUCCUGUAAUAGACGAUAGUCCGUUAAAUGUAAAUGAUACCUCAGCCGAUAGUGAACCACCAAUGGUACCUUGUACUCUUGAACGUCACGCCAGUGAGCCUGACGAAACAAUUGAAGACAUUGAGCAAGAAGAAGAAAACAAUCAAACGGUCCCUGAUAAUCAGACGUUACUCAGAUUACUUGAAGAACAUGAAAAGAUAAGUCAUAUGUUCAGAUGCGCUAGAAUACAAGGUUUAGACACAACUGAGGGACUGCUCUUAUUUGGGAAAGAGCAUUUUUACGUAAUCGAUGGAUUUACUUUAUUGAAAUCUCGGGAGAUUCGAGAUAUCGAAAGUCUGCCAGAGGCAUAUGAACCUAUAUUACCUUCACCUGGUUCGCCUCGAAGAUCUAGAGCAAUGAGACAAUGUUCAAAAUUCAACUAUGAAGACAUAAGGGAGGUACACAAAAGAAGAUAUCUGUUACAGCCAAUGGCAUUGGAAGUAUUUAGCGGUGACGGUAGAAAUUAUUUGUUAGCAUUUCCAAGAAAAGUUAGGAACAAGGUUUACACGCGAUUUAUGACUUUUGCAACGGCCAUAGCUGAUAGUGCUCAACAAUCUGUAGCAGGACAAAAACGAACAGCAAAUGUUGAGCAAGCGACGGGUCUUCUUUCGAAUUUAAUUGGUGAAACAUCGGUCACUCAACGAUGGGUGAGAGGAGAAAUAUCCAACUUCCAAUACCUCAUGCAUCUAAAUACCUUAGCUGGACGUAGCUAUAAUGAUCUCAUGCAGUAUCCAAUAUUUCCAUGGAUUUUGGCUGACUAUGAUAGUGAAGAACUGGACUUAAGUGAUCCGGCAACUUUCAGGGACUUUAGUAAACCUAUGGGGGCUCAAAGUCCAGAACGACUUUUACAGUUUAAAAAACGAUACAAAGAAUGGGAUGAUCCACACGGAGAAACUCCACCUUAUCAUUAUGGCACUCACUAUUCUUCAGCGAUGAUUGUGUGUUCGUAUCUUGUCAGAAUGGAGCCGUUUACCCAACAUUUUCUAAGGCUACAAGGUGGCCAUUUCGAUCUAGCUGACAGGAUGUUUAAUAGUAUUAAAGAGGCUUGGCUUUCUGCAUCUAAACAUAACAUGGCUGAUGUUAAGGAGCUUAUACCAGAAUUCUUUUAUCUGCCAGAAUUUCUCAUCAAUUCAAAUAAUUUCGAUUUAGGUUCUAAGCAAAGUGGGGUACAGCUGGGUGAUAUUGUUCUUCCUCCUUGGGCUAAGCAAGAUCCUCGCGAGUUUAUCAGAGUGCAUAGACUUGCUUUAGAAUGCGAUUAUAUAUCGCAACACUUGCAUCAGUGGAUAGACUUGAUAUUUGGUUACAAACAGAAUGGCCAAUAUGCAGUCGAUGCAGUCAACGUAUUCCAUCAUUUAUUUUAUGAAGGAAAUGUUGAUAUCUACAACAUCGAUGACCCAUUGAAAAAGAAUGCAACAAUUGGAUUUAUCAAUAAUUUUGGUCAGAUUCCAAAGCAGUUAUUCAAAAAACCACAUCCAGCAAAAAAGAUGACGCAAAGAACUAGUGUGAUCGAUCCCGGACCUAUUACGCCAGGCCUAAGUAUCACCACUUCCGAUAGACUGUUCUUCCAUAAUCUUGACAAUCUAAAACCAUCCCUUCAACCAAUCAAAGAGUUGAAAGGGCCCGUUGGUCACAUACUACACCUAGAUAAAGCUGUACUUGCUGUUGAGCAGAACAAAACUCUAAUACCACCGUCGUAUAAUAAAUACGUUGCCUGGGGUUUUGCCGAUCAUUCUUUAAGAAUAGGAAAUUAUGACAGUGAUAAAGCGAUAUUUGUAUGUGAGGCAAUGAUGCAGAGUAGCGGUGAAAUUGUAUCGUGCGUUUGUCCAUCUUCUAAACAGAUUGUCACUGCAGGCACCAGUUCGGUCGUUACUGUUUGGGAAUACGCCAAACGUCAGCUUUCUAUCAAACAGUGCUUAUAUGGGCACACUGAUGCUGUAACUUGUUUAGCUUCAAGUCCCGCAUACAAUGUCAUCGUUUCUGGCUCUCGAGAUGGUACCGCAAUAAUUUGGGAUUUGUCUCGCUGCCUCUUUGUUCGACAACUCAGAGGUCAUGCAGGUCCAGUUGCUGCAGUAGCAAUUAAUGACUUGACGGGUGAUAUUGCGACUUGCGCUGCUACCUGGCUUCAUGUGUGGAGUAUAAAUGGUGAAGAGCUGGCCAGUGUAAAUACUUGUGUCGGUCGAGCUGACCGGAUGCAACAAAUACUGUGCGUCGCGUUUAGUCAGACACACGAAUGGGACUCGCAAAAUGUUAUAAUGACUGGAUCGACGGACGGUGUUGCCAGAAUGUGGUCAAUGGACUUUGUUCAAGUACCUGCUGAGGAUGAGAAAGCUGAAGAAAUUGAAGUGAAAAAAGAGGUGGAAGAAGAUUUUUGCAAUGUUAAAAGUGACAAUGAAAAUACUAAGAAAAGAGUUCACGAUCUUGUCAAGCAAAUAAGUAUGUCUACCGAACGUACAGGUAUGUUGGUCAAGAGUGGGUCUGAAAGCAGUCUUUCCGAGACUGAAAAUUCUAAAGAAGCAUCUCGUGUUCACGAGGAAAAGGAAGAAUGUUCCGACAAUGAAUCGAACAAUGGUUCAAACAAUACACCUGCUCAGCAAAGUAAUCAUGCCGCUACUGUGGUACUGAGAAGAAAGAGCCGGUGCAAUCCAAUGUUCAGAAAAAGUGAAGGAGGUGGGCGAGCUGAUAGUGAAGGAUCCCAAAUAAGUGAAUCAGUUGUCGGCACCGGAGAUAAUACAGAAGGUGCUUUGAGAGCUAGUAAAAGCGAUACCAGCCUUACAGAUAGUUUUGUCAUGGUGACAGAAGCGGACACCAAGCCAAAGAAAAUUAACCCUCAAAACAUUCUUAGAAACGGUUUUAAGUGGCAGAGACAACUAGUAUUUAGAAGUAAACUGACCAUGCACACUGCCUACGAUCGAAAAGAUAAUGCCGAACCUGCAUCUAUUACAGCACUUGCGGUUUCAAGAGACCAUAGAGCAGUAUACGUUGGCGACACUAGAGGACGCGUGUUUUCUUGGAGUGUAUGUGAACAACCCGGGAGAACCGUUGCAGAUCAUUGGCUCAAAGAUGAAGGAGCUGAUUCUUGCGCUGGCUGUGGAGUGAGAUUCAAUCUAUAUGAACGGCGACAUCAUUGUCGCAAUUGCGGACAAGUUUUCUGUUCUAAAUGCAGUAGAUUUGAAUCUAAGAUUUCGAGAUUGGGCAUUUUGAAACCCGUCAGAGUUUGUCAAGGGUGCUAUGCUGCGCUACGAUCGCAACAUUCUACAGAAUCCAACACUUAAUGUAGUUCAACCAGGUUUUCUAUUACGUAUACCAUUCACUCCUGAAAAAUGGGAGUCAGACAAUUUGUAUAUAGUCAUGAUUGUCUUUGGCAUUCAUUGAAAAUUAGAAUUGAUUGAUACUAGACUCGUGUAAGUGUACCCAUAAUCCUGCACAACGAAUUUAUUGCAAUCUUACUCCAGAACUUGCGUUCAACUAGUGCAGUCAUUUUCUUACUUUUUAAACUUUGAAGUCUUAUGUAGCAGAAAUACCAAUACUUGCUAAGUAAUAGAGGUUUUGUGACAGACAAGAACUUCAAAUGUAAAGCAUGGCUCGUUGAAAAUUCUUUCGAUUCCCCGCCAACUGGGCGAGGUAGGAACUAUAUUAUUACAUAUACAAUAUAAUGAUGGCAUGAUGGGUGAAUAUAUAAUUUGAUUGGGAAAUUCGAUUUAUUGAUGACUUUAGCCGUUGACAAAAAAAAAAAACGAAGAGCUGAUCUUAUGCACGAUAGCAAUGAAAUUCGUUUUGCAGUAUCUACACUAUUAUAAUCUAAAAUUUAGAUCAUAGAAAUAGAAUAGUGAAUUAUAUAGCUUUCAAUAAUAUAGCAAUUGGUAUUGAAUUAAGAAGAUGAGACAUUCUCUUAUCUGUUUAUAUACAUGUGUAUAAUUUUUUUUUUUUAUAAUUACUUUCUUGAUAUUAUAAAAUGGGAUAUUAAUCAUUUUUAAAACACGUAACAUUUGUGUGAUAUUGUUUUAUAAGAAGAUUUUCAUUUUAUAGAACCUUACGUUCAAAUUACAGUCAAUUUUUUUUCUAUUUAAGGAGCUGAUGCAUGUCAGUGUUUUUUCAACAUUUUCACUCUUUUACGCUUCAGAGUAAAAAUAGGAUAUUUUAGUACGAACACACAGUAAACAAAUUUGAGAAAACAUUUACAGCCAUCAGCUCUUGAUACGUUUUAUAAUAAAAACGCCAGUCAUACAAAUAUGUAAUAGACAAUACCGUAUCUGCAUAAGAAUAUGAGGAGUGGAAUACCAAUAAAAAAAAAAAGAAAAAAAAACAAAGGAAAAAGAGAAAGAAAAAACACUAAUGUUAUAGUAAUAAUAUUACUGUUAAAAGCAAUGAUCUAUUAUAGCUAAUAUAAAUGUAGAGAUUUGUGUAUGACUUAGGGUAAAGACAUUCGUAGCAUGUAUUAUACAUAGGUAUGUUCCGUGAAAUUGUAAAUUGUUACAGAGCACGAUUUUGCUUUGUUAUCAGACAAAAAUGGUCUUUUUUAAUUUAUAGGAAGAGAUAAUGGUUAAUUUAUUCAUGUAGUGAAAAAUGAAUUUGAAACAAAUGCAUGUAUUCGGUGAAUCAAUAGAUUAUAUAAAUUCUAUACUUUAUCGUAUAUUUGAGAAAAAAGAAUACUAUUACUAGUGCAGAAAUAUAGAUCUAAUGCAUUAGUCACAUACGGCCAAUAAUUUUGCUGAUCUCGGUGGAGAAUAAGACUACAAUUUGACAAUUUUAAAAAGUGAAGUUAUUGGUCAUUAUUAGAUAGACAUAAGGUGGUUCACAUGAUAUCUUUGGUGACUACAAAAACAAGAAAUUUUAGUUAGUUGAAUUAAAUUUAAACACAAGUGAAAAACUGAAAAAUAAGACAUGACCGAAAGAAGGUUUUCUUGUUUUCAGAUUAUUGGGCAUUUUGCGCUCGCAAAUUUCAAACCAAAUUGAUAUUUGCACAAUCUGUGAAUCUUCUGUAGAUAUAGAAUGGUUUCUAAAAAUAAGCUUUAAUUAAUGCAUUAUACAAAACACAUAAACCCUGACAUUCAGUGCACAACUAUGUUCAAUACCGAGGGAUAUGAAAAAUAUACCUACUCUUGCCAUAACGGUGUUUUAACGAAAAACACAAUACUGCUUGAACUAUAUCUACCUUGAUAGAAUCAUGACAGCUGAUAAUUAAAGCAGCUCUACGAUUUGGCUUUGUCUGUUUCCAGAUGAACACUAAAAUCGUAAUCACGUACAUCCCUCGGUUAAAACAGUGAUUCAUGAAGAGCAUAUUUCAUUUCAUUCACGGUUAUUCCUACCAUCAAUUUAUUAGGAUGAAUUUUACGUUUUACCAUUUCAGACUAAUUAAUUUUUUAUUCAACUUUAUUUCACCCGUUGGAAGUCAAGUCGAAGUUCUGUUCUGAAUUCUGAUGAGGAAUUUUAAUCAUGUAUCACUAAGACCCAAAUUAUUUUCCGUUUCUAUUGACAUAAUGUAUAAACGUUUUCAUUCGAGCAAGGUUAUUUAAUUAUUUUUGAAAAGUAGUUAUUGGUAAAAAUCAUUUUAAACCAUAGCUCGGUUCCAGUAUUGUAUGUUUGUAUAGAAUUAAUGGUCUGGAUAAGAGUAUUGAUAUGGAAGAAACCAUCAGGUUGAACUUGUUUGAUGAAUAGAGUGUAUUAUUUGAAAAAAGCAAACAAACCUUAUUAAUAGCUAAAUAUAUGGUGAACGUGUUUAUGUAUAGACAUCUUAUUGAAUGGUUUGACCCAACGUGGGAUUAAUAUUGUAAAAAAAAUUAUAGUCAGAUCAAUAUUGUCUAUUAUUACUGCUAGAAACGAAGAUAAGUAGUUGAAGAAAACGAUUGAAUAUUGGCAAUACAAAAUAUAAUAAUGACUAAUGUGCUAAUAACUAAUCGCCAACCGCGCAAACAUCAACAUAUUACGAUCUGCAUAAAUAUGUUACUUUUUCCCAAGUCUUUCAAUGACUUAUAUCGAGUUAUUUGUUAUUCUAUAUAAUCAACUUAUGAAAAUCAGAUUUAAGAUGAAACAUUGUUAUAGGGUGGUAUUCUAAUUUAAUUUUCAAUUUUCAUACCUUUUUAUUCUUCCUCUUUAACACUGCCCCAUCCCGACAAUGAAUGGUUGAAAAAUUUUCAAAAAAAUGGGAUUAUCUAAUUGUACAUUGGAAUUUUUUUUCGAUCUUGCUACGAUUGGUAAAUUAUUAAUUUUAAGGCGCAAUCAUGAUUUCUAGUCACAAUAUACAUAUACCUUACAUUAUUUCUAUCCUUUUCCCAAUUAUUUCUCUUUCCCAAUUAUGAUUUACCAUAAUGAAUAGAGUUUGAUUUCGGACAUAUUGUGAAUGUCAUUGAUAACUGUCUGUUCAUUAUCAAUCAUUAUUACUAUUAUUAUUGUUGUUGUUGUUAUUAUUAUUAUUAUUUUAAUAUAUUAAUUUGUAUAUAAAGACUACUGUAAGGAAAACAAUCUGUCGUAAACAGUGCAGAAAAAAAUCAAUUGUAUACUCAGCGUAAUAUAAUCAUUUGCAUAUUGAAGUUAUAACAAGAAAUGAACAAUCAUAAUAAAUCAAGCAAAUAAUCUGAA